UGAGGCCUGGAAGAAAUGUCCAAAAAUUAAGAGGAAGAUAUUUUGAUGAUGGUGAUGAGGCCUGCAGAGCACUGCAAACCGACCUCUGUUUCUGUUUCUACCUUUGUUUUGCCACUACUAACUAAAUUCUUACUUCCCAUAUCUAAUAAACUAAUUUCAGACAGGAAAAUAACAAUAAAAGUGGUAUGGGUUCAAUAAGCGGUUCUUUUACUACCACCACCACCACAAGGCCCGUCUCAUCUCUUCACCGCCGUGGUCUUCACUUCGUUUCAACGUCUUCUUUUACUCCUCAGCUUCCUUCUUCUAGUCUGAAGUUACCUUAUAAGCCACUCAAAGCUACUGGAUGUGCAAGGUGCCUCAGCAUUUUAAUGUAUGUACAGAGAAAAUACAAUUUGGGUCCCCAGAGAUCAUCUACAGAGAAUGUUGCCCGUCAGGUUUUUUGUAAUCUGUUGAAAGUUGAGGAUGACAUAAAUGAUGAGGCAUGUGAAUUGGUCAACGGAGUGGAACUGUCUUUGGGGGAAGGUGUUGAUACCAUCAGUGCUUAUCUCUUCACGGCGGUGAAAAAUAAUAAUGGAACUGGCGUACUUCUUUUGUCUGAUAUUUUUGGGUUUGAAGACUCAUCUACGAGAGACUUUGCAUAUCGUCUUGCCUGCAAUGGUUACAAUGUUCUAGUUCCUGACUUAUUUUGCGGAGAUCCAUGGACAAAAGACCGGCCAAAGGCUAUGCUUGAACAGUGGAUAGCAAAACAAGAACCCCAGAGAGUUGCAAAGGACAUUGCAACAGCAGCAAAAUGGAUGGCAGAUGAAUUUUUAGCUGCAGGGAUUUCAAAGAAGCUUGGCAUAAUUGGGUUUUGCUUUGGUGGAGGCAGAGUAAUAGAGGUGCUAUCUAGAGAUCAAGGUGCUUGUUUUGGGAUUGGGGUUUCUUUUUAUGGGACAAGGAUGGAUCCAUCUCUGGCUUCUGAGAUAAAGGUUCCAGUAUUGUUUAUUUCAGGGAACAGUGAUCCACUUUGCUCUGUCAAUGUCUUGAAAGAUAUUGAGAAGGACAUUGGUCAGAGGUCAAGGGUAGUUAUUUUCCAGGGAAGAGGCCAUGGCUUUGCGCACCGUCCUAACUCCCCUGAAGAAGAUAAAGAUGCUGAGCAGGCUUUUGUAAUUAUGAGAAAUUGGCUGUAUGAUGGUUUGGUCUUAGAAAACUGAAUGCAAGCUCACAAAGCUGUUUAUUAUUAUUAUUAUUAUUUGGUGUUCUUGUGAGCUGCUGUAUCCACUGCAGACAAAGAAGGCGACAUUCUUAGGUACUCCUCAGUGUUCCAUCAUUUCCUGCUUGAUGCUUCUGAUGUCUUCUCUGAGUCGGAGAGUUUGGCGGGCUGCAGAAGUGCAGCCUUGUAGAGUUCUAUGGAUUCUAGCUGUAAAUUCUUUUAUGUUGUGUUCAUUUAGAACAAUAAAAGGCAUCAGAUUCGUUAA